AUUGUGGUUGCCAAGUCGGACUCGGUGAACGGCGGGAUCACAACGCCACGUGGAUGUAACGUGUGACUUGUCAUUCUCAACUUUUUACUGCCAUGGCACAGGGAAGGACGAAGGGGCUACAGGCCAAAUCCGGUCCAUCAGCUCGCCAGGCGUCAAAGGCAGCGGCAGCCACAAAGAAAGGAAAACGCUAUAUCGCUCCCAAGAAAGCUGUCCUUGUCAAGCAGGCUGCAUUGCACAAGAAUCUCUCUGCAAAAAUCAACAAGUCGAUAGAACAGCAAAUGGUGUCAGCCGCCUCCGCUGGCAAGUUGACCAUCAUGAAAAAUGCCGGUCCCGAAGCAUCUGGUUUGAAGAAGUCAUGAUCCACCAUAUUGCUGGCAUUAUAUGGUGGUCCGCCUUGAUCUUUUUUUCUUUCAGUGCGUUGUGUCUGAUGUUAACUAACAGCUCCAGGUCUCGCUUCCGCUUUCUUGCCACCGAUCUUGCUAUCUUCACCU